AUGCACAACCAUGAUUUAGCAGUGUAUCAUGAGGGAUAUCGACAGAUAAGUGGACUGAGUCCGGCGUCCAAACUCAUUGUGCAGAAUAUGAGUGUGGCUCAAGUUAAGCCGUGUGCUAUUUUGGCAUCCCUUCUGGAAAAAAAUCCAUCAGAUAACCCCACACGAAGACAAGUGUACAACUACAGAGAUAGUAUGAGAAGGUCCAGUUUUGAGGGUAGUGACGUGGCGGGGCAGUUUUAUCACCUGACUAUGGAGAGGAAAUAUGUACAUUUAACGCUUGCUGAUCAAGAUACGAAUGCGUUGACUCGCAUUUUUUUAGCGCAUCCAGAUUGUGUGGAGUUACUACAACACUACUACUGGGUCAUCGGUAUGGAUUCCACCUACAAAACCAACAACUAUAGAUGGGUGUUGGAAAGGCUGAGGAACUUGAUUGGCGAUGAUGUGCAUCCGGCGGCUAUUCUCACGGAUCGGGAGUUAGGGCUGAUUAGACCUAUUAGAGAGGUAUUCCCACAGACUGCCCAUCUGCUUUGCACCUGGCACAUCAAUAAGGACGUUAAAGACAGCGUUUUUAAACUAUAUGGGCGAGAUAGAACUUUUGCUGAGGGUUUCAAGAACAGAAGGUGGAAAAACAUUAUUAAAGUCCCGACAGAGGAAGAGUAUAUUAUUGUUUUAGAGAGUUCACACUUGAGCAGUCAAGACGGGGAACACAGGUGUCUGGCGUCAAAAAUUCCCAUUCAAUACAUGUCGUGCAACGUCUUGCAUUACUGUUUGGAUUUAAUAUGUGAGGAAAUUGGGCGAAUGGUAGAGUUGAGUACGGAUGUGGUAGAUCGGUGUGAGACCCCGAUCAGUCUGGACAGUGUCCACACAUUUUGGAAAAGGCUUGUUAUCAGUGGUGGGCUGGACACAUCUGAGCAGGCUGGUAGUGUUGUCGAGCCAGAGGAACAUCGGUACUUUCAAGGAAUUGUCGGAGAUGUGAUGACUCAAGAUAGGGCUUUGGUACGUGAUAUUUCUCUUCUGAUCCGUGAUCGACUCUACCCAGAUGAAUCAUGUUACCGUCAACCCGAGGUAAAAACCGUAGUUAAGGGUAGACCACCCGAGAAAUAUACCAGGCGGGACCCGAGCCAUUGGGAGUACAGUGCGAAGGGUUGUGGACAUGUACGUAGCCGAGCGAAGUCAUCUCGAGGUCGGGAUUACUCCGCUCCCGAAUCAGGUGAACAUUCUUUCUUUUAA